AUGGCUCCAAACGACACCUCUCAAGAGCCUGCCGGUGACGCCUCUGCGUCGACGACCUCCUCGUCAACCGCCGUUGCUGCCCCUCCUCCUCCUCCUCCUCCCACCUCUCCUCCUCUUCUCACCUCGACUUCGACGCCUCCUUCCCUAGCCGUCGCCGCCGCUUCUCAACCGUCGCCUCAGCCCACGACCACCGCACCCUCGACGAACCCGACGUCUGCUACGCCUGUGAACGUUUCUGCGAGUCUAUCACCAGCGCACGCGACCCCAACCGCACCCGAAUCUGACGCAUCAACCCUCGUCAACGCCGUUGCUUCGACCGCCGCUCCUCCUCCUCCUCCUGCCGCUCCUGCCGCCGCCGUCUCGACGACCAACGCUGUCUCGACAACCGACGCUGUCCAGCAAAACGGCGACGCGAGGUCGUCCUCCUCGCCCGCCAUGUCGCAUGGACAACACCCUACUGGACCUCACCGGCCGCCAGGGACCUAUCCGAGCCCGAAUACGUACGGAUCUCCUGCUGGCGCGCCUGUUGGCCCGUACGGAUAUGGUGGUCCUCCGCAGCAAGCUUCAAUCGACCCAUAUCGAGCGAGUCCCGGUGCUCAGGUGUCAUUGCCGAGCGUCAAGAGCUUUGAUGCGUUACAAUCGCAGCCACAACACCAGCCGCCUCCGCCGCCGCCGCCACCACCACAACAACAGCAGCAACAUCACCAGCACUCUCACCAGCAUGGCUCGCCUCAUGCGCCGCCACAACCCAUGAACAUGCCCAUGUCCAUGGGACACCCCCAGAGCAUGCCGUACUAUAACCACAUGUCAAUGGCUCCGAACCCUUACCAAUUGCCUUCCGACAACAUUAGAUAUGCCAUCCCCCCGCACGACAUGCGGUACGGAAGCGGUCCCCGUGGACCAAAGAAGUGCGAUGAAGCCCAGCCGACAUGCAACAACUGCAAAAAGUCCAAGCGCGACUGCGCCGGAUACGACCCCAUCUUCAAGCAACAGCCUGGACCUUCAAACAUUCAGCCGGCCCUCAACAGUCACCACCAAUCCCCCGUAUCAACGCCAACCGUUCCUUCGUCACUACCCCCUGCACCACUACAGCCUUCCAAUCCCUAUGGUUCGCAGCCUUCGGUCCUGCCGAGCUCCUACGGCCCUCCCCCAUCGGCCAGCACCCACUUCGACUCAGCCCUGAAUUCUCCCGCCUCGGCCAAAGCGGACGGUUACGGAACGGCCAUUGAUCCUGCGCUGCAGAACCUGCCCAUGCUCGCAUCAACACCAAAUUUUGCUUCCGGCCAGCAAUCCGCGACCGGCGGCAACCUGACCUUGAGAGGCCCCGCACCAUCACCUCCUUCCGAGGGAGACGGCCAGGUUACACCGGAGGUGGCCAAGGAAAUCACCCGCGUCUACCAUGAAGUGUACGCUUUUGGACUCGAUUCCUUCUUCGAGACGCGCUGGUUCGGCUGCAUGAUGACGGACCCAUCAACCCUGAAUCUCUACCGUGACCUACGUGGUGCGCGGGACGUCUUUGCUGCCUUUCUCAAGUGUAUCGAAAAGACACACGUCAACGACCGCGCCAGCUUGAACGCAUCAGGCGUUCUCGAGACGCGUCUUACCUGGACACUGGCAACUCUUCCCUUGGCUGUGGUCCCACCGAGCCUCUCCAAAGCGGGACCGCAUGACCCUCUUCCACCACCAACCGACCCCGUCGAGGUUCGCAACCGGGUCUUUGUUGUCGACGUUCUCCUCCGUGGCGAUUUCAUGAUGUCGGCCAACCCCUUGACGGCGCCUCGAGCCGACAGCGACACGAACCGCGUGCGGGAAUACGAAUUCUGGUACAACCUGGCGCACUUCCUCUGCCUCCCCGACACGACGUAUGAGAGCAAGCACGAUGAGCGAGAGACGGCGCUGAACCGAAUAAGGACCCUCCUAGACGGUCAGGAGAACCGCGACCUGUUGUACUCGAUUGCGAUUGCGCGUGAGCUGGCGCCAAGACUCGAUCCUGGGUACGAGACAUCGAUUCCGCAGCAGGCCGAUGAAUCCGAACCGAAGAACCGUCUGUUUGUUGCCAGCAACUUCAUCCGCAGGGAGGCGCAGGUGUCUGGUGGCACGACAAACGUUGUGCGUCGCUUCAGCGAGAUUGCCAUUCAGUCCUUUAUCAACCCCGGCGUCAAUAUCGGACGCCUCAACAACACGGGCGUGCUGAAGCAGUCGUGGGAGGAGUAG